UGACCAGCUUGUCACACGUGUCGUUGAAGGCAGCCUGUCUCCCAGAGAGAGAGCUGUUCUCAAGGAGGACCCUGCUUACUGGUUUUUGUCUGAUGAAAGUAGCCUGGAGUAUAAAUAUUACAAGCUGAAGUUGGCAGAGAUGCAGCGGUUGAGCCAGACCUGGCAGGGAGCUGAUCAGAAGCCGACCUCGGCUGAGUGUGCAGUGCGGGCUAUGCUGUACGCCCGGGCAGUCCACAACCUCAAGAAGAGACUUCUUCCAGGACAGCGGCGGGGGCUCCUCCGUGCUCAUGGGCUCCGGGGCUGGAAGGCGAGGAGAGCAACCAUCGGCACCCAGACCCUCCUCUCCUCGGUCACACGGCUGAGACACCACGGCCAGCAGCCUCCAGGCUCCUCACAGGCAAAGCCGUCCCUGCCAGAUGGAAGUGAUGCUGCCAAGGACUGCCCACCAGACCCAGCUGGACCCUCUCCUCAGGACCCCAGCCCAGAAGCCUCAGGCCCAUCCCCCAGAGCAGCAGUAGCAGACGCCUCCGAAACCCCUCAGACCUCCUCUCCCUGCCCAUUUGCCGACGUUGACAUGAAGACAAUGGAGACUGCAGAGAAACUGGCCAGAUUUGUUGCUCAGGUGGGACCAGAAAUUGAACAAUUCAGCAUAGAAAACAGCACCGAUAACCCUGACCUGUGGUUUCUACAUGACCAAAAUAGUUCAGCUUUCAAAUUCUAUCGAAAGAAAGUGUUUGAACUGUGUCCAUCCAUUUGUUUCACAUCAUCUCCACUCAACCUCCCCACGGGUGGCGAUUCUCAGGAGAGCCCCGUGGACCAUGUGGAAGGGGAAAGGGACUUGGAGGACGAGUUCCCUCAGCAGGAGGCUGAGCUUGGGAGCCCAGAGUUGAUGCCUGAGGAGAACGAGGACGAUGAGGAUGAGGACGAUGAGGAUGAGGAGGGGAGAGAGGAGGCCUCUGCUCAUGGAGGGACCUCCAGGCCAGGAGGAGGUGACGGCAAGUCUGAGGGCUCUGAGGGCAGCCCUCCUGACGACGGCCUCCCCGGGGACGACCUGGCUGGAAUGCCCACCCUGUCACAGGCCUCUUCUGGCACCUGCUUCCCCCGGAAGAGGAUCAGCAGCAAGUCACUGAAGGUCGGCAUGAUUCCGGCUCCCAAGAGGGUGUGUCUCAUCCAGGAGCCAAAAGUUCAUGAACCAGUUCGAAUCGCCUAUGACAGGCCUCGGGGUCGUCCCAUGUCCAAAAAGAAGAAACCCAAGGACUUUGACUUCGCCCAGCAAAAGCUGACUGACAAGAACCUGGGUUUCCAGAUGCUGCAGAAGAUGGGCUGGAAGGAGGGCCAUGGCCUGGGCUCUCGUGGGAAGGGCAUCCGGGAGCCCGUCAGCGUGGGAACUUCCUCGGAAGGGGAGGGGCUGGGCGCCGACGGGCAGGAGCACAAAGAAGACACAUUUGACGUGUUCCGACAGCGGAUGAUGCAGAUGUACAGACACAAACGGGCCAGCAAAUAGGUGUGCUGAAGGAGCGAGCCUCACACUCGCAAGCGCAGCGGCCUCACGGGCCUCUCCUGGCCGCUCCCGUGGAAACAGUCCACCUCCAGUUCCUCUCUUGCUCAAGUUUCUCUCUCAGAUGCCGCCACCUACCAUGUAACGUGACCAGUAGACAGACUGUUCCCUAGUCAGGAGUGGCCCUGCCGUUCAUGCAUGUGUACGGGCAAGUGUGGAAGCUACACCUCAGAGGAUGGCAGUUGGCCAUGUCCCUUUCUGAGGGUCUUCAAAUCCUUUUUCUUCUGCAGAGCCUGAAGCCUAUAAAUGUCCUCAUCUUUCCACUCUUUUUAGUUGCCCUUUUCACCCAUAAUUUUUGAACAAAAUCGUUCUC